AUGAGGAAAGGUAAGGUGGUGAUAAAAAAGCUAGAUGAUAAGGUAGAAAGACAAGUGACCUUCGCGAAGAGAAAGAAGAGUCUGAUGAAGAAGGCACGUGAACUCUCUGUUCUCUGUGAUGUUCCCAUUGUUCUCAUCAUCUUCUCCCAGACGGACAAGCUCUACUCUUUCUGCUCCCAGUCCACCAGCAUGGAGAAUCUCAUCAUGAGAUAUCAAUUGGCAAAGGAAGGUCAUGCCGCUGCAGUCGACAGUUUCCACCCUGAUCACGAAUUAUACCGUGAAGAGACGAAGGAAUCAAUGAUGAGAGAGAUAGAGAAUCUUAAAAUGAAUCUUCAACUCUACGGAGGAGGACAUGGCUUGAACCUCUUAACCUACGACGAUCUCCUUCGCUUUGAGCUCCAACUCGAAUCUUCUCUCCAAAAUGCUCGAGCUCGUAAGUUUGAGCUCAUGCAUCAGCAGCAACAAAAGGGACGAGCCGAAGGGAAAGGGAAAGGUGAGUUGUCAUUGGAAAUAUUCAUGGAUGAAGAGAACCAACAGUUUUACCAUCUGGGACAAGGAAGCUCUUGGGAGCAUCUGAUGUGGCAAGCAGAGAGACAGAUGAUGACGUGUCAAAGAGAAGUAGAAGAUGACUUUAUGCGUCGGCACAUGAAAGAGCAGUUCCCUUUCAACGUUGAUGAACAACCUACCGGCCUUCUUCAACUCCCCCGCACUCCUCCAUCGCCGUUAAAACCCUGA